AUGGCGGACGCAACCUCUUCCGACUCGAAAACGAAAGACUAUUCUAUGGCAAUUUUGGAGCGGAAAAAGGCCCCUAAUCGGCUUGUUGUAGACGAGGCCGUUAAUGAUGACAAUUCAGCGGUCUCGAUGAAUCCUGCUAACAUGGAAGCACUUAGUCUCUUUCGAGGAGACACUAUUUUGAUCAAGGGAAAGAGACGGAAGGACACAGUUUGUAUACUUCUUGCUGAUGAGCAAUGUGAAGAAUCAAAAAUAAAAAUGAAUAAAGUCGUUCGAGCUAACCUUAGGGUGCGUCUUGGAGAUGUAGUAUCAAUACACCAGUGCCCUGAUGUCAAGUAUGGAAAAAGUGUGCAUAUCCUUCCCUUUGACGACUCGGUUGAGGGUCUCACAGGCAACCUUUUUGACGUGUACUUGAAGCCAUACUUCAUGGAUGCUUAUCGUCCUGCGAGGAAGGGUGAUCUUUUUCAAGUUAGAGGUGGCAUGCGAAGUGUUGAAUUUAAAGUAGUUGAAACCGAUCCUGGUGAGUACUGCAUUGUUGCACCGGAUACUGAGAUAUUUUGUGAUGGAGAACCAAUAAGACGUGAAGAAGAGGAAAAAUUGAAUGAAGUUGGGUAUGACGACGUUGGUGGUGUACGAAAGCAAAUGGCUCAGAUUCGUGAGCUAGUCGAGCUUCCUCUGAGGCACCCACAGCUCUUUAAGGCUAUCGGUGUGAAACCACCGAAAGGCAUUUUGCUGUAUGGGCCUCCUGGAUCAGGGAAAACCCUGAUUGCACGAGCUGUCGCUAAUGAAACUGGUGCAUUUUUCUUCUUGAUCAAUGGGCCUGAAAUAAUGUCAAAAAUGGCUGGAGAGAGUGAAAGUAACUUGAGGAAGGCAUUUGAGGAAGCCGAGAAGAAUGCACCAUCGAUCAUAUUCAUCGACGAGUUAGAUUCUAUUGCUCCAAAGAGGGAAAAAACGCAUGGUGAAGUGGAGAGGCGUAUAGUUUCCCAGCUUCUUACUUUAAUGGAUGGCUUAAAAUCUCGGGCUCAUGUCAUUGUAAUGGGUGCCACCAACAGGCCAAAUAGCAUUGAUCCUGCUCUCCGUAGAUUCGGGAGAUUUGAUCGAGAGAUUGACAUUGGUGUGCCAGAUGAAGUUGGGAGAUUGGAAGUUGUUCGAAUUCAUACCAAAAAUAUGAAACUUGCUGAAGAUGUUGACCUUGAAAGAGUUGCCAAGGAUACCCACGGUUAUGUUGGUUCCGAUCUUGCUGCUCUUUGCACUGAAGCUGCUCUUCAGUGCAUUAGAGAGAAAAUGGACGUAAUUGACUUGGAAGAUGAGACGAUUGAUGCUGAAGUGUUAAAUUCAAUGGCCGUGACAAAUGAACACUUCCAAACUGCAUUGGGUGCCUCAAACCCAUCGGCAUUACGUGAAACUGUUGUGGAAGUUCCUAAUGUGUCCUGGAAUGAUAUUGGUGGGUUGGAAAAUGUGAAACGUGAACUUCAAGAGACUGUCCAGUAUCCAGUGGAGCAUCCAGAGAAAUUCGAGAAGUUUGGCAUGUCACCCUCUAAAGGGGUUCUCUUCUAUGGACCUCCUGGUUGUGGCAAAACCUUGCUUGCCAAAGCCAUUGCUAACGAGUGUCAAGCCAAUUUCAUCAGUGUUAAGGGACCCGAGUUACUGACUAUGUGGUUUGGAGAAAGUGAGGCAAAUGUUCGUGAAAUAUUUGACAAGGCAAGGCAAUCUGCGCCUUGCGUGCUUUUUUUUGAUGAACUCGAUUCAAUUGCCACUCAGCGAGGUAGAUCAGUAGGAGAUGGUGGUGGUGCUGCAGAUAGAGUUCUUAAUCAACUAUUAACAGAGAUGGAUGGAAUGAGUGCAAAGAAAACUGUUUUUAUCAUAGGAGCAACAAACAGGCCGGAUAUCAUUGAUCCAGCCUUACUCCGGCCAGGACGUCUGGAUCAGUUGAUUUAUAUCCCACUUCCAGACGAUGUGUCCCGUCUUCAGAUAUUCAAAACGUGUUUACGGAGGUCACCAUUAUCAAAGGAUGUUGAUCUAGCUGCUCUUGCUAGUUACACUCGUGGGUUUAGUGGUGCUGAUGUAACGGAAAUUUGUCAGCGUGCAUGCAAGUAUGCAAUUCGAGAAAAUAUUGAAAAGGAUAUCGAGAGGGAAAGGAAGAUGAUGGGGAACCCCGAAGCAAUGGAAGAAGACAAUUUUGAUGAUGUCUCCGAGAUCAAGCCGACGCACUUCGAGGAGUCAAUGAAAUAUGCUCGAAGAAGCGUGAGUGAUGCUGACAUUAGGAAAUACCAGCUCUUUUCCCAGACGCUACAACAAUCUCGCGGAUUUGGAUCCGAGUUCCGGUUUGCAGAUCACGCCGAGAAUGCACCUGCUGCUGGAGCUUCAGACCCGUUUUCUUCUUCCACCGCAGCUGGGGACGACGAUGAUUUGUAUAGUUGA